AUGCCGUCCCAAAUACCAACCGCAAUUCCUCGCUAUAGUUUCAUGGACGAUUAUAGCGAGGGUGCACAUCCCGCUCUUCUCAAGGCCUUGAUCACCAGCAACACGACCCAAGAGACCGGCUACGGAGGCGAUACGUACUGCGAUCUCGCACGGCAGCGAAUCCGUCGCCAUCUCGGCCGCGACGACGUCGGGAUAUUCUUCGUGCCCAGCGGUACAUCAGCCAAUGCCAUCUCCAUCGCCGCAUGUCUCCGACCCCACGAGGCCGUCAUCGCUGCUAGCUCCGGGCACAUCGUGACGAGAGAAACAGGCGCAGUAGAAGCAAGCGGCCACAAAAUCAUCAACGUCACACCGCAUAAUGGAAAGCUCACGCCUGCGACGAUCGAGCGGGCACUGGAUGACAAUUGGCAUUUUCCUCACAUGGCGAAACCGCGACUGGUGUAUAUUUCCAACGCCACCGAGAUCGGAACGAUAUACUCUCGCGCCGAACUCGCAGCUAUAAAACAAGUCUGCGAAAAGAACGGCCUCAUUCUCUUCCUCGACGGCGCUCGCAUAGGCACCGCCCUCGCCUCCAAAGCAAAUGACAUGACCCUCUCCGACAUCCUCGAACUCACAGACAUAUUCUGGAUAGGCGGCACCAAAAACGGCGCCCUCCUCGGCGAAGCAGUCGUCGUAAAAGACGCCCGCCUCUCCUCAGAAUUCGAAUUCUACGUCAAGCAGCACGGCUCCCUCCUCGCAAAAGGGCGUGUCAUCGGCGCACAAUUCGCAGAGCUUUUUGAAGACGAUCUGUACUUUGAACUAGCGCGCAAGGCAAACUUGGCAGCUGAGUUGUUAUCGAGCGGUAUAGCGCAGGGAGGAUUUUCAGUAUAUGCUGCGACGGAGACGAAUCAGGUUUUUGCGGUGUUGCCGAUGAGUUUGAUCAAUGUGCUGAAGGAGAGUUUUAGUUUUUAUGUUUGGGAAAAGUGUGGUGAUGAUGAGGCUGUUAUUAGAUUGUUGACGACGUGGGCUACUGAGGCGGCGCAGGUUGAGAGGGAGUUCGGGUUUCUGAAGUAUCUUGACGAUGCCGAUCAACACCAAGACUCGAUAACCGUCAAGCGCUCCGCCUACUGGUGCUACUGCGGUCCUCUCCUCGACCCUUCGAAGUCAUCAUUACCGGACAACUUGUACGACUUUGAGAGCCAAGUCUUCACUGGCCCUAUUCGCUCAAGACUUGACCCUUUUCUGAACUAUAUCAAGAGUGUUCUCCUCGACAAGGGAUUUAAGCAUUAUUUCCUUACUAUACGCGCCACGACGCCGACACGCGAAUUUGAUCAACCAAGAUGGCAUACCGACGAACUCUUCUUCGCCAAAGAUAUACUCCCCGGUACACGCCUAGGUCUCAAAUCACAACACCAAAAACAUCAUCAACCCACCGGAACAGACUUCAAGAUCUGCACUACGCUUCUCGGCCCCUCAACGCUCUUCAUACCAGCAUCCCAUCAACCUCUUGCACGCAAAGCACAAGAAUCCGCUCGUGACGCUGCAAGCACGGAGCAUGAGUGUGUGUCAAUUCGCUGUGUUGGCUGUGCAGCUGCAGCAGAUGCUGUGCGCGAUGAACUAGCUACUGUACUUGAGCCUUUUGGUGCAGAAGCAGCUGAGAUAGGUGAAUGCUCUGUGUUUAAGGUUGGCAGGGAGUUUGGAGCUGUGCAUUCGGAACCUUGUAUGAGUGAGGGAGAUAGUGGACGGGUUCUCAUUAAUGUUGUGCCGGGGACGGAGGAUGAGUUGAGAGUGUUGAUGCGAAAAUGGGGCAUGGAAUUCCCUAGACAGUGGUGGGUUGGCGGGAGAUGA